GCAGCUGCUUCCAUUGAGUACAGUGAGGACUGAGUAGAGAUGUAAGUCCUUCGGCCUUUUUGUAUAUUCCAUAGGAUGCUAGAACACCGGCCUCACUGCGAAACCUUGUAGUCGUGUGCCCAGACAGUGGUGUGCAUAAACAUUUGUGUGAAAACAAUCUAGGUAGCAAGUGGUGUAGAACAACAACUCCCAGCAUCAACUUUUUAGCACCGAGACUAGUACUGAGCAGUGAGGCACUGACACGCAGAUAUUUCUGUGUAAACAGACAUUUGUGGGUUCCCUUUUUCUAGUUUGGUAGAAUUUUCAGCACCCUAAAGAAUGGCAACAGAUGCCAAGAAGAGGAAGCCCAAAGUCAUUCGAAGUGAAGAAGGGAAGCGAAGCCGCCAUGAUGAACAGGAGGGAAGAUAUUACAGUGAGGAAUCAGAGGUAGAUUUACGAGACCCUAAGAAGGACUAUCAGCUGUACAAGGAUACCUGUGAUGAUCUGCAGAGACUCAUGGCUGAAAUUCAGGAUCUUAAAAGCAAGGGAGGCAAAGAGGUGUCUGCAGAGAUUGAGGAAAGACGUAUCCAGAGCUGUGUACAUUUCAUGACCCUGAAAAAACUGAACCGCUUGGCUCACAUCCGAUUAAAGAAGGCUAGAGAUCAAACUCAUGAGUCUAAACAGAAGGUGGAUGCCUAUCAUUUACAGCUGCAGAAUCUGUUGUAUGAAGUUAUGCACCUUCAGAAGGAGAUCACCAAGUGUCUGGAGUUCAAAUCAAAACAUGAAGAAAUUGAUCUUGUAAAUGUGGAAGAAUUUUAUCGUGAGGCUCCUUCAGAGAUCAGCAAGCCAGAGAUUACAUCCAGUGACCCACAUCAGCAAACGUUAUGCCGUCUGGACUGGGAGCUUGAACAGAGAAAAAGGUUAGCGGAGAAAUAUAAAGAGAGUUUGGCUAGUAAGGAGAAGAUCCUAAAGGAAAUUGAAGUUAAGAAAGAAUAUCUGAACAGUCUCCAGCCCCAGCUUCAAAGCAUUAUGCAGGCUUCCUUACCGGUACAGGAAUACUUAUCAAUGCCAUUUGAUUGUAUGCACAAACAGUAUGAGACAGCACGACAUCUACCUGCACCUCUGUAUGUGCUCUUUGUUCAGGCUGGCGCCUACAGCCAGGCGUGUGCUCACAUGAAGAACUACUCCCAGCCCUAUAGGCAGGACAAAAAGCUUUUAGUCAGCAUUGAAGGAAGUGUUGAAGAAGCAAAAGCCUUAUUCAAACCACCUGAGGAUUCCCAAGUCCAAUUAUCACAUGCAGUUUUGAAGUAUGACAUCAUGUCAAGUUGCCAUGGUGCCCCAGUCUUAGAUGAUGAAAGUGAUUCUGAUGCAGAGGAGGAGCAAACAAAACGUCGGCGUCCAACACUUGGUGUGCAACUAGAUGAUAAAAGGAAGGAGAUGUUAAAGAGGCAUCCGCUCUGUGUUUCCCUCAUAGUGAAGUGCAAAGAUAACAGCUCAUUAAAUCUUACAUUCUACUUCCUUAUGAACCUCAACAUAAUCACUGUAAAGGCAAAAGUCGUGCCAGGUUCUGAGCUGGCAAGUUCUAUCAAUGCUGGUGAGCUGAUCAACACGGACACAGUUCUUAGCGGCCUCUACCCUGGGGAUGAUGGAAAGAAGACUCCAAACCCAGCUAACCAGUAUCAGUUUGAUAAAGUGGGUAUCUUGGACCUAAGUGACUAUAUAUCAGAACUUGGCCACCCCUACCUGUGGGUGCAAACAAUGGGAGGUUUGCAUUUUCCAACAGAUCAACCACAGCCAUCAAUCGUAGCUGAUAACACUCUAAGCGCCAGUCACAUGGAGAAGACCAUUAAGUUAUUGAGGUCACGGCUAUUGUCUCGUUUAUCUCUGUACAAACAGUUUGCUUCUUUGGAACAUGGUAUUAUUCCAGUCUCUGGAGAAUGUCAGAACCUGUUUCCUGCAAAGGUCAUAUCACGUCUUACUAGAUGGAACAUGAUAACAUAUGAAGAUUAUGUGGUUCUUCCGUAUACUAAGGAUGUUGUGGAGAGUGGAUUAGCACAGGAGACCCAUCUUUAUUACUCUCUUAUGAUUGAGAGGGGGACAGCCAAGCUUCAUGGAGCAGUAGUUCUUAAUCCUGGCUAUUGCUUAAUCCCUCCAUUGUUUAGUCUUUGUCUCAACUGGAAGGGGGAGCGUAGUUCCAGAAAUGAUGAAAACAUCAGGGUUAUGGAAAGUGAAAUCAAUGUCUACUACAAAGAACUCAGUGGUCCUUCCCCAGGUUUCCAGCUUCUGACAAAUCAGCUGCAGCGAUUAUGCAUGUUAUUAGAUGUCUAUUUGGAGACUGAAUGUCAUGAUAACAGCGUUGAGGGUCCACAUGAAUUUCCCCCAGAGAAGAUUUGUCUUCGUUUGGUCAGGGGACCAAGCCGGAUGAAGCCUUUCAAGUAUAAUCAUCCACAAGGAUUUUUCAGUCACCGCUAAAAAACACGUUUAUCCCAAUUUGUAUUCAUUUGUUUACUAGACUAACCCCCCCCCCCCCAUAUUUCUUCCAGGACCACAUUAUUGGUAGCAGAUAGUGUAAGAGUUUGAAAUAAAACAAUGUCCAGAUUGAUCUGUUUCACUGUUCUUUUAUUAUUUAGUUUUGAAGCAUGAAUAGAAUAACAAAGUAAAAAACAGAAGCGUACUGCAGAGGGAAAAUGCAGUUUUCAUCCAAUUAUUGUCUUCUGUACUUUUUUAUAUUAAAUGUACAAUGAGUCUAUUCUAAGGAUUGAUUUAGCUGUAGAUUAAAUGGGCACUGUCAAAUUCAAAAACUGUAUAUGUGUUGUUACUGAUGAAAAUUAAAGACCCUUUGUAGUAUGGUUGUUACAUUUUUUUGAAUAUUUAAUAAAGAAAAUGGCCCCUGAAAAUCCCACCACUAGGGGUCCAUAUACCUACUGGGACACUAAGCAGUCCAGCAGCAUCAGGCUUUUCUAUGAGUAAGGGACAAGAGAUGACUAAUGGACAAGGCUCUAUGAGCAGACCCACCAAACACCACCUACCACCACAAGGGAGGGACACGUCCCCUUCUCCUGAGAGGGUUUCUAACACUGAGCUAAAGAAAAGAGGGAUUUUUAUAAUAAAUAUAGGUGAUGGAAGCAUAAAAAUAGAUGUACAUGGUCAGGAUUAGGUACUGAGUAGCAUAUUAUUUUUGUGGGAUGUUACAGGUAUGCUUUAAGCUAAAUUGUGAUAACAUUGAGCACAUUUAGAGAGACAUAUUCCAUAAUCUCGUGUUAUAAACAAUGUAAUGUCUGUUUUCUAAGCCAGCCCUUUCUGACCCAGACAUCCUUUAGCUUCCGCCACAAGAAUAUAUAUUUUUCGGCUUGAAAGCAAAUUUGGCUGUCAGGAAGAAGUUUUUAUUAAGUCUGUGUCUUUAGGUGAUUUUUCUUUUAGGUGCUCUUCCUUGCUUAGUUCUCCUUGGCAGCUAUGCAGAUGCAUCUGCAAUUGAGAGGAUGGGAUACCAUCCGAAACGCGUCUUGCUAUAAACUAUUGUUUAUUCACUAAGAAAGCAUUCUACGGUCAUUACUCCUAUUUGGAUAGCACCACUCUGGAGAUUAUUUUUCCUUCAUUCUAGAGUCCUGAUUGGGACCUAAUUUACAUUACAUAAGCAUUAGGGAUGUUCCCUGCAACAUAUCCUGGGACACGGUCCGCUGCGCUAUUUAAUAAGCAAAUACAGUACCAUUUUAUUGUAUACAACCUGAAUGGAGACCAUAAUUAGACUCUUUUGGUCUUGAUCGUGUAUGAAAAGCCUAUAAAUAUAUAUUUUAUAUAAAUAAAUAUAUAUAUAAAUGUGUGUAGGGUCUCUGAGCAGCUUGUGUUCACGCAGUGUGGUCCACACGGACAGUCUGCAUUGCUCGACAUAAGGUUUCAAUUCGCUCAGAAGGAUAAGCCCCAGGGGAUGGCUUUUAUGAUCCUUGCAUGUUUCUUCCUUUGAUCGCCUUCUGCUAUUGGUGGUUGUGAUUAUAAGGUUAUUUUUGUUUGCCAGAUGUUGCACUCCAGUGGAGGAGAAUGUAAAACUAUUGUAGUAUAAAUUGCCUCAAAAUUGUAUCAGUUACUGGCCCCUUUACAUAAACUCGAGAACUCUAUUUCGGAGACGUAGUGGUGGUGUAAAGUUGCAGGCCUAUUCUCUAGGACUGCCUCCUAAUAGUGGUCUAUAAUAUGCUUCCUACUCAAGGAUCUGUUUAAUAUAAAUAUUUUCUUAGGAUCCUCUUACUUACUAAACAGACCUCAAAGUUUUUAGCAAAUCUAGUGCUAGGUUUCUCCUCCACACUCUCACGGCAGCUAAAUGUUUUAUAGUUCUCCUUUGAAAGUGCACUGCUUCUUCCGUCAUCGAUUUGUAUUCAUGGAUUAUUGGCAGCCUUGUACUUUUAUACACCUAUAUAGGGUAAAAGAUAAAUUUCCCUCUUAAUGCUACGAUCGCAGACCUUACCCCGUACCCUUUGUUAUUAAAUCUCUAAAAGCGGUAGCUAAGUCUUUACCAUCAAUUUCUCUUAGAGUUCAUCCUUGGGACCUUUCCAGCUUCUCAAUUUAGUGACGUCCCCUCCAUUUGAGCAACUUGAGUCUAUUUCCUGUAAGGUUUUAACAAUUAGAAAAGUGCUUACGAUAUAAUUCAUGGUGUACGGUUUUAGGUCUGGUUACGGAACCGUAUACGGGGCAAAAAUGAGCCGACCGGAGCCAGCAUUUGACUCUGGUCGGCUAAUUGAAAUGCAUUACAUACGGGCCUGGCCCGGCUGGGAUACGGGAGCGCCCGGUUUUCGCUCCCCCUAGUGUGAACCGACUCUUAUACUGUUUUAUGUUUCUGCGCAAUGUUCAGCGCUAUGUUACCUGUCUCUGGAUAAAGCUUUGUAAUUCUCAAAAACUUUCAAUAAAAACCAUUAAAACAAAAAAGAGCAGAGCAGUUGCUUCCUCUUAGUAGCUACUUUACAGAUAGAAAAAAGACACCUAGUUGAGGCGAAGUCUCUACCAUUUACCUUCUUCAGACAUUAUUAUCUUGAUCUUUUUCCUUCUGCCAACCUGCACUUUGGGUGUAAAAUAUUUGCAUUCCCUCCCUUGAUUUCUUUGGUGAUGAGUUCCUGGGAUGUGAAAGAAAAAAAAGGUUAUGUAUGGGUGUAUUUACACACACAGGAUCUGCAUCGGAUCUGAAGUUGUAAAAUCUGCAAUUGGGGAUCUUUACUGCAAUUGCGGAUUUACAGAUACAAUGUGUACGAAUAUACGAUUAGGGUCCGUUAGGAUGUGCAGAUUUUGCUACCAUUGUCUUCAAUGGGUCAGCAAUAAAUCUGCAAUAGUGGCAGACCCAUUGAAAAUACACAACAGAAAAUCGGCACAAAAUCCACUUGUGUGAACGGAUCCUAAGGGUACGUAAUUUCGCUGCAUAUUUUUCUGCUGCUGAUUUUGAAGUCAAUGAGUAGGAAAAUAAGUAUCACAAAAUAUACAUGUGUGAACAUACCCUGUGAUUAUAACUAAUCAUAUUAAAGGGGUACUCUGGUGGAAAACGGUCCACCAACUGGUGCCAGAAAUUUAAACAGAUUUGUAA